UCGCAGCUGUAACAACAAGGGGGCAGCGAGAGGCUGCCGGAGCACCCAGCCGAGGGGGAGCAACGCGGCGGUCAGCCCCUCUGCCCCCAGCCCGCACGGCGCCCUGAACCCCUUGCACCGCACCGGCCGGGCUGGAGGAGGAGGAGAAGGAGGAGGAGAUCGUGCGCUUUCACUCCUGCUGGCUCCGGAGGCUGAGGCGAAAGACAGAAAAAAGGAGGAGGGGAAUAAAAAGUAAAGAGGGGGGAGAGAGAGUGAAAGAAAACUAAGCCCAGCUUUUGCCGGUGCUGCUUGGAUUGGAUCUGGUUUGAGUUUCCUCUCUGCUGGCUUGUGCAGCAAGAGAGGAGGAGUGGGGGGAAGUAACUCGCUCACUCUUCCUCUGAAGCUCAAGCAAACGUGCUGGUGCCUGCACUGGUGGGGAGCUGCCCUGGGUGCAGUUGCCUUUUGGCUUAUUGCUCUCAGUUCCUAAAGAACUGUCUGGACUUCUCGAGGACCUGGAGGAAAAAGCAUCACUUCACAGAUCAGAGAGUUGCUCAGUGACUAUAGACUUGACAGUUGUGUUUUUGUGGCUUUUUUUGUGUUUUGGUUAUUUUUUUCUUCUAGGGGAUUCUUUUUUUUAAAUUAUUUUUCUCCUGUGUCUCUCAGAGCAGCAGUUCCUUGAGUGUGUGGCACUGAAAUCCAUUGCUUUGUUAACAACUUUGGGAGAUAUUUAAUUUUUUUUUCCUUCUCUCUUUUGCUUUCUUUGCCUUAAAAAAAGAGAAAAAAAAAAGAAAAGAAAAGAUAAUCCUUUUGGGGGGAGGGGAGAUGAUCGUGCUGAUGUGGAAUAAGUGCUCCUGCUGUCUCCUCUUACUAGCCGCGGUCCUGAUCGUGGAGAGCUCCCAGCUAGACAGCUCCAGCUCCAAGGUGAACUCCAUCAAGUCCACCCUGAUGGGGGAGGCUCCAACUCAGACAACCAACAGAUCUGCAGGCAUCCACCAGGGACUGAUACUUGCUAGCAGUAAGAAGGGCAAAAUCCUAGAGCAGAUGGGAAAACCUCCCAAGCACUAUCACCGGCAAGUAGAGGCCUAUCCUUGUACUAAUGAUAAGGAAUGCGAAGUUGGGCGAUACUGUCACAGUCCUCAUCAAGCAACUUCUGCAUGCAUGAUGUGCCGGAGGAAGAAGAAGCGUUGCCACAGAGAUGGCAUGUGCUGCCCUGGGAACCGCUGCAACAAUGGUAUUUGCAUACCAGUAACUGAAAGCAUCCUCACCCCUCACAUUCCUGCUCUAGAAGGGCCACGCAAUAAGAAGAAUGGUCAUUAUGCUAGCAAGGAUUUGGGAUGGCAAAACCUAGGAAGGCCACGCUCCAAGCUGUCACACAUAAAAGGACAUGAAGGCGAUCCCUGUCUACGGUCAUCAGACUGUAUUGAGGGACACUGCUGUGCUCGACAUUUCUGGACCAAAAUUUGCAAGCCUGUGUUGCAUCAGGGGGAGGUGUGCACCAAACAGCGCAAGAAAGGGGCCCAUGGACUGGAGAUUUUCCAACGAUGUGACUGUGCCAAGGGGCUGUCUUGCAAAGUAUGGAAAGAUGCGACCUCCUCUUCUAAAUCAAGACUUCAUGUGUGCCAGAAAAUCUGAAUGAGGAUUGUGAGGGUAGUAUGAAGUGACUGUGGCUUUAGGUAUUUAAUGAAUUAUGGCAUGGUGGGAAAUAAGGACUGCAAAUGAAAGCAGAAUGGCUAAAGUAACAGUAUAGGAGCAGAAGUCACACCAAAUGCAUUUCUAUUUGAGCUGCUGGUAAACACAAGUGCAGCUGGAGUUCUCCUACUGUGCAGCUUUUCUGUAAAUAACUCCUACACUUUGUGGGAAAGGCUAGUAUGCAAACAAGUACAGUGGAAAUUAAUGCCACUUAACUUGCCAUGUUGUCCUGUGCUGUUUCAGGGGGUUAGUGUUAGGGCUACAACAGUGGGUUUCCAGUGUGGUAAUAACUGCUAAAUAAAUUGUAUACAUUGUACUCCUAUAGAAAGCAGUGCAUGCCAGGAAGACUUAUCUGUCAACAAAUUAUUGGCCACAUCGCAAGUGUGAGAAAUGGAAAUAAAGUUACUGUGAAUGUCUGCAUGCCCUUGUCAUUCAGGGCUGAUACUUCAGCAAAGAAAGCACUCCUGCAGGACAAGAGUGCUCUAUGUUUUGCAGGCCCUUGUGAAAGAGGUGAAAACUUGCCAUCUCACCAUUUCAAGAGAGUAAUAGUUUUUAAGAGGAGGCAUUUAAACAGGGUUUUGUUUCCUAUACAUAGAUAAAUUAAAAUGCUUUAUGUAGAUCCAUAUCAUAGUAUGGCACUUAAUCGCUUGUAUUUGUCUCAGUUUACUGCUAGUAUACAUUGGGUUGAACAGAUGAAGCAAAUAUGUGCAUGCUGAAUCCAGAAUAAUAUAAAGGCAGUUGCUCAUUAGUCCUAAAUAUACUUUCCUUGCCUAAGCCUUACUUGCAUUAUAGAUUUUUUUCCAAAAGAAAUAGGAGUGUUGAAGUGCCUAAAAUGAAGAGCUAUGAAGUUGUUUCACUGUUGCUGUUAGAUGAUGUAAACAGUUGUUGAGGUGUUUAGAGCAUACUGCUAUGAACUCAAAUUUGUACAUUUUAUUAGUAGCAAGAGGCUACUGAUGGCACUCUGCAGUAUAGCUGAUUUGUUUUUUAGCAGCAGCAAAGGACUUGGCUCUUGUAAGCACGUCCUCUGCUGCAGAAAAGGUUGUAAGAAGAUGGUACGACCUCAAAUGACUUAUUAAACAUCAUGCAAUGUCACAGCAUACCAGCCUCCAGCAUGUAUUCAGCCUGAACUUGAUGUCCUCUAUCUGGACUGUUCUGCCAGGAAUGAUGGAAGUACAUGGACUGUGGAAACAGCUGAUAACUCUACAUUGUUUGUGUGCUGUUUAAAAAAUAGCAGUCUCUGUCCCUUGACCUGUCUCCCAGGUCUUUUCAAACUUCUUUCAUUUUACUUAUUUGCAAGUAUUCCUUUGUAUAGACAUUGGUAAAGAGACUGAUAUUUCUUUAAAGAAGUCUGCUUCUAUAACUGACCUACUGCUAAAUUGUAAUUACCCGUUUAUAAUUACCCAUUUUCAUGUUUUGUAAUACAAUGACCUUUAUUUCUGUUUGAUCAAUCAGCUCUGAACAAUGCGGGUAGACCAAUAUGUAGUUUAACUUUGAAGACCAUGUUACCCAUACCUGACACCUUUUUCCACCAGUGGUUGUUUUAAAGCUGUAGCUUAGCUGCACCACCUGACUCUGACUUCUCAUCUACAUUGCCUUUCUCUUUCAUUAGAGUCUAAGCAAGAAGAGAUUUUCACAUCCUUCUUUCCCUAGUAGAGUUAGUUUUUAUUGACCUAGAGUGAUUGCUCUAGGUCAAUAAAACUAUACUUUUUAAUAGGCUUAGUCAGAGUUUUAUCUUGAAAUCCUACCACUGGAACUCUGCUUAUUUCAGAGUUUUUCCAGUGUAGCUUAAAUGGGAAUAAAGCUCAGAAAUAGCAUCAUUUCAGAUAUUUAAAAAGUACAGGAACCAGUUUUGCAAGUGUUUGUUAUUUACAGUGACACAGCAUGUACUUGGCAGAGGAUCUCUACUGCUCUCAUUGUGACUACAUAUACAAGAAAAUAAUACCUAGUGUGUGAUCAGGGAGGGUUGCUGAAAUGGGCUAUCAGCAGGUUUUAGCUCUUAUCAUUGGUCUACCCAGUUUCUCCUCUUGCAAAACAUGGAUAAUUUAUUUACAGGAAAUGUUUUAUGAGAUGUAUUUUCUUAUAGAGAUAUUUCUUACACAAAGCUUUGUAGCAGAAUAUAUUUGCAGCCUGAUGACUUUAAUGUAGAAAAAUGUAUAAUAAGAUAUAAGAUUAAAUAUAUUAAAUGUCCACUCCCAUUCAUCUCCAAGUAUUUUACCCAUAUUCUAUUCCUUACCUGCUGCUUCAGAAGAGUAGUUCUUUCUGUAAAGAGACGCAAAUCUAUUGGAAUAUUGGAACACACACACCCCACACACACCUCCUCUCCCUCCCCAUAUUUUAGCUGUAGAAGAAAAAUCAUCUGAUUGUACUUGUGCCUCAAAGCCCUAUGUAGGCUGAGUUUUGCUAAAACACAUGAAGACCAUCUUAAAAUCCCCAUGUGUAAUUCCUACAACUGGUUUAAGUAAGUGGCAACUAUCUAUAUGUUUCUCUUGGAACAGUUUAUGCUUAAACAUUCAAGAAUAAGUUCUGAAAAUAAUGUUCUUAAUGUUCAAUCGACCAGGUUAAAUACGAAAGAUGCUCAGACACAUUCCCUGAAUAUUAAUACAUACCAGAGGCCCAUUGUGGGUGAAACUGGUAUUUAAACUACACAGUAUUUUGCAAUAGGUUACAUCAGACAAAUGCACUGCUGCAAGAUCUAUACCUAGCAAUUCUGCAAUGGUAACAGCAUUCAGCUCUAAUAGUAUGAAACAAACCAUAAGACACAAUUGAAAAUAUUGUUACUAAAACCAGCCAAGUUCUGCUCCCAGGAAACCCCCUGCAGAGCUCAAUAAACAUUGCAAAAUAGUGGCUGUGGUUAUUGAGCAAUGGCCUCAACAGCCUUGUUGCUUGUUUAUGGUAACCCUUUGCUCAAACAGAUAUACAUCUGGAGGAUGGAAUGGUCUUCAUGUCGCACUAGCACUUGUACAAAUUAGAAAGGUUUUCCUACUGUUACUUGCAGUAUUUGGUGAGUAGGUCAUUGAAAAUUCUAACACUCUUAACAACAACAUAAUCAAGUUGUGAGCAUCUUCAGAGACCAAUGACUUCAACAGAUCUUAUGACUGCCAAAGCCUUCAGAGAUUUAAUCUGUGAACAAAAACAAUAGGCACAGGCCAUUCGCUGCACACCACAAAUAAGUACUGAGCAGCAUAGUUGAACUGAAUAGCAUGCAAGCAGUUUCGCAAGACUGAAGCCUGAUUGUUUAGAAGCCAUUCAGUUAAUAUUUGGGGGAAAUAAUAUACAUCAAUGUGAGAAUAAAAGAACAGCUAAAUUUGGGUAUAAUUGUUCUCAUUCUCUGUGUCACUCAUCAAGUGAAUUAAGAGUGACUGACUCUGGCUCAGUAACAUUUCAGAAAUCUGCUGUCAUAACACAAGUACUGAAAAUAUUAUUGCUGAACAAUUCAAAUACUCUUCCUAUUAGCCUAGAAUAGCCACAACAAUGCAACAUCUCUUUGGCAAUCCUUAUUAACUUGCCUAAAAAUAAUGGAUUUCUUCACUAUAACAGCAUAUAUUUGAUUUACAGUAUAAAUGUAGAAGUGUCUAUUACUGUACUAUUUGCUUUGUCUUAUGUUGUUUGUGACCUAUAAGUAUUUAUGAUUUUAAACAUUUUUUAAUGAAAGCAAUUAGAACAGACUUAUGCACUUACCUGUAUGACAGCACUUUCAACAGCAUGCCUCCAGCACCUGACACCUAAAACACCAUUCAACAGAAUUCAAACCAUCUUCUGUGUAUUCUGAUUUUUCCGCUCAUCGUCUCAAUGUUGCCUCAGAAAAAAAAAACAACAAAAAAAAACCCUCUCCAAACACCAUGAACUGUUUUGGGCUUUCGCUUCAGAGCCCUGCAUCAUCACUCCCAGUAAGAAAAGGUUAAUGAUUGAUAUCAAAGAAAAUCUGUAUUUUUCAUCUUUUCCAGUUUUUUUUACUUCUAGGAAAGCCAUUAAAAAGAGAUAUCCUGAAGGUCAAAGCCAGCAGAAACUCAUGUAACAGAUACUCUAAGACAAGGUUUUUAGAAGUUUUCAGAGAUAUCCUCAACCUUUCAAAAAAAUUGUUAAGAGAGUUCUGUGAAAAGAAGCUUAAAAUUGUGGGAAGAGGGGGAAAUCUACUUCAAAAUUUAAUUAGAUGCUACUGUAAAAACCAUGAAUGCUCAUCUUAUCCCUCCCAAUAAUGGAAGAAGGGCCAAUGUGCUCUGUCUGUUCCUGAGGUGCAUCCCCACAGCAGCAACCCAAAGAGGCAAGGCCUGAUCAAGUGAUUCUAGUCCCUCAAAAGCUGAAGUAGUGAGUCUUUAUUCCCCUGGCAGUAGCAUGUCUGUCACCUUGGUCCGCUGUGCAUACAGCUCCCAGUAAUUCCUGAGGCUUUGAGUUUGCCACCAACCCGAAGACACAAUUUUCAGACAACAUUGCUGUAGCUCACAGCCUGCCUAUGCCUAGUGAUCUCAGUGGAAGACUGUGGAGAAGGAAGGAAGAGACAAAAGCAGGAGACGGCUGCUUCACUGCAGAACUCCAGCUGGUCCCAGAGCUAUUGUUUUGACCACCACUGAUGGGACUGACCCUGAUGGAUAUACAGCAUUGGAUGGAGUUCAUUGCAAACUUGUUUAUUCUGGCAGCUGCCUGUUUUUUUUGGAAUUGCUUAUUGUUAUAGCUUGAGUGUCAAUUACUUAUUUACAAAUGUCUGGUACCAAUAAAGUCUUUGUUUUUACAGUA